AUGAACGACAGCUCCCUCCCCGCGGACCCGGCGCCCCGGGGCGGCGCCAUCCUGUACGUGCUGUUCGCGGUGGCGUCGAUAUACCUGGCGGUGUACUGGGGCCCGCUGGUGCGGGAGGCUCUGGCCAGGGUCGGGCCGCGGCCGCUGCUGCUGCCGGAGGAGGAGGAGCAGGAGGAGCAGGCCAGCCGCUCGUGCUGGGCGGCCGCCCACCGCCACUACCACCGCCACAGCCCUCGCGUAUUCGAUAUCGAGCCCCACGCCUCCCUCGCCCAGCUCCGGCGCGGCCCCGACUGGAACCGCCGCGCCCGGCGCUCCCCCACCCCCACCCCCGCUGACUUGCCUCGCUUGCCGUCCGUGGUGCCGCCGUCGCUCUUUGGCGUGCGGCGGGGCUGGGACAAAAAUCCGGACUCGAUGGAGGUGCCCCUCCAGUCUAACCGGGAAUUGCUCGCCGUGCAAAGUGCGUUGUAG